UAUCCGUCAGUCGUUCCCAGAGUUCCCGAGUAAAAAGAACAAUCAUGGCGGAGAGUACGGAAAAUUCUGGAUCUUUGAUCACAGUUACCGUCAAAACACCGAAAGAAAAACAUGAUAUAAAACUAUCAGUGGAUUCUACAGUAAAGGAGCUGAGAGAAAAGGUUUCUAAAGAAUUUGGUGCCCCAGUUGAGCAGCUAUGUCUGAUAUUUGCUGGCAAGAUUCUGAAAGAGAAUGAGACUCUGACACAUCAUGGCAUCAAGGAUGGACUCACUGUGCAUCUUGUUGUCAAGUCAGCUAACAGGAAUAACGAGUCCUCAUCAUCUCGUCCAGCAGCUACAACAACAUCACAGCCUCCCCCGAGUCAACCCAAUGUGUCUGCAAGCCCCCUGGGACUUGGUGGACUGGGAGGUCUGGCCGGCCUGGGCAACCUGGGGAUGGGGUCUGCAAACUUCAUGGAGAUGCAGCAGAGGAUGCAGACCGAGCUUUUGAGCAACCCUGAUAUGCUCCGCCAGAUGAUGGAGAACCCCUUUGUACAGCAGAUGAUGUCCAACCCUGAUGUGAUGAGGCAGCUCAUUACAAACAAUCCUCAGAUGAGGGAACUGAUGGAGCGUAAUCCUGAGAUAACCCACAUGUUGAACAACCCGGAACUAAUGCGACAGACUAUGGAGUUGGCAAGAAACCCAGCGAUGUUGCAGGAGUUGAUGAGAACACAGGAUAGAGCCAUGAGUAACCUUGAGAGUAUUCCCCGGAGGUGUGGAGAACAGCAACAGGGGCGUGAAAACACUGCUCCACUUCCAAACCCAUGGGCUGCAGGUGGAUCCACCACCAGCUCCACUACCGGGACAACAGGAACAACAGGUACAACAACAUCAGCAACCACAACUUCAUCAUCUACUACAGCAGGAGACACUGGAGGAUCCACUGGACCUUUUGGUAUGUUCAACACACCUGGCAUGCAGAGUCUGAUGUCCCAGAUGUCCCAGAACCCUCAGCUGAUGCAGAACAUGAUGCAGGCUCCGUAUAUGCAGGCCAUGCUCCAAACAAUGUCCACCAACCCCGAAUUAGCUCAACAGAUUAUUGGAAGCAACCCGAUGUUUCAAGGCAACCCCCAAUUACAAGAACAUUUUAGAAUGUACCUUCCACAACUUCUUACCCAGAUGCAGAACCCAGAGAUGCAGACCAUGAUGACCAAUCCACGAGCAAUGUCCGCCAUCAUGCAGAUCCAGCAGGGGCUACAGCAACUGCAGCAUGAGUCACCGGGUGCUUUCCCAGGACUCGUUGGCAUGCCGAACCUAUCAGGUGACAGUACCCCCACCACAAGUACAGCCAGCACCACUUCCCCUACCUCCCCCACCACGGCAACAACAACAGCGGGGACCACUACAUCUCCCGCUUCACCCAUAGGAGCAGGAACGGGGAGGGCGCCGGACCCAGGAAACCCAGACCAGUUUAAUAAUAUGAUGGCUCAAAUGAUGCAGAUGAUGGUUGGGGGUCAGAUGAACCAACCCCCAGAUAUGAGGUACGCAUCCCAGCUAGAACAGUUAACAUCUAUGGGCUUUGUAGAUAGAGAAGCAAACAUACGAGCGUUGACGGCUACCCUUGGUGAUGUGAAUGCAGCCAUUGAUAGGCUUCUACAACAAAGAUGAUGUGGUUAAAAUAAAAGAAAAACUGUGCUUUAAGAGGAUUUCUUUGUUGUGAAAAUAAGGAAACAAGGAUAUGUCACCACAUGGCUUUGAAAUAGUGACAUUCAGUGGACUAUGAUAGGUACUGAUUUUGUGUAUUAGUUAAUAAAUUCACUCUGAAUCAUAAUGAUUACCUUGGUAACCAAACUGCCAAGGGAAAAAAAGAUUUUUUUUACCUGUGCAGGUUAGUAAAUGAUCUUUGCAUGUAUAUAUUUAUAUACAUCUGGCACAAUUGUACAUUUUUUUUAUUUCACAGUAUCAUAUAUUUGGAUGAAAAAUUAAAAAUGUACAUAUUAAUCAAGCUCUACUCUGUUGCUUCUGUUUAAGCCCUGUAAGACAAUUUUAUCAUUAGUUUCAUACAUUCUAACAUGAUUUUAAGAAAAAGAUUGACAAACGUCAAACACAUACUUGAAAACUGUGAUAUUGUGAUGCCCCAAAAGAAAAAAAAAUAGAAUUGUAUCUUCGUUGGAGGCAAAGCAUGAUUAGUGUUAAACAAUUUCCAUUACUUAUACUUUACCAGCGUGGAUGACUUGGUCUGUAGGUGACGGAAGGAUUUACAUGGAACGAAUACUGAUCAUUUCAAGAAUAGGGUAGAAAAUUUAUGAGCAUUUCAUCAAGCAGAGUUGUUAAAUGAGCAAGUUAUUUGUUAUGUAUAUGACAAUAUGUUGGUUGAAAAUUGUACUCUUCCAGAUAAACAGAGGUUACACUUGGAACACCAGAUCUGUGCUUAUGUCUUUUUUCCUUCCUUUAAUUUCACUUUUAUGUUUCACAGAUGUUUUGCCAAUAUUGUAUGGUUAAUUUAUAUAUUUAAGGUUGAAUCCCUCACUUCAAGAUAUACAGAGUUUUCUUUCUCUCCACUUUUAGUUUGUUGAGUCACUUAGUUAACAGUGAAACCUUGUAAACAACUAUUUUAACAAGAUAACCUGGUUAGAGUGAUACACUACGACAGUCUUGUCUCACACUACGGAAACUUGAUAUUGAAAUGAUGGUGCCCAAGAGCCUUGGUGUACAAGGUUACAAAUAAAGUUACAAAUAAUUGUUUACAAAAGUUAUAGUUGAAUUGUUUACAGUAUUGAAGAAAGAAGUUAUUUCUUCUGGGCAUAAAUAUCUAGUUGAGAAUGAACAUUAAGAAUGGAAGAGCUAUGUACAUAGCUGUAUCUUGGAUGCUCAGCCUCAAAAUAUGCUGGUGGUAUGUGUAGAUGUUAAAGGUGCGUUCUCAUAGUGCUACUUGUAGUAACAACUUGUAGCAUGCAACACAGCUGCAGUGUCAAAACACCCUAGCUGUAGCGAUUUAGAAUCCCAUUCAACUAGUUAUUGCUGAGUUGUAAGACAUAGGACUUGUCCCAAUUUAUACUACAAGUCACAGGAUCUCAACCAAUGAAAUCACUUAGAUCUGUGUCCCGCUUAGCGUGACAUCCCUUUGUUUGUGAUGACAUUAUUUCUGAGAAAUUUGAAGGAAUUGAACAGUGUUUCGCUUGAGAAUUUAGUUGUGAAACCACACAGAUUUAGAACUCUUUUCUUUUUUUAAAGUGACUGCAGUAUUGAUACUGACAUUAAAGCUAGCAUCUGUUCUUCACUUGAUGAAUCCAUGUUGUCAACUCAUGCAUGAGUAUCUUGUGAGACACCAGUUGUAUGCGACUUAAAACCUACACUAAAAACAGUUGUUACAAUCUGUAUUGUUAAUAAGUCACAUGCUACAAGUUGUUACUAUAACUCACACCAAGAGACUUCAAGAGUAUGCUAAUAGGUUGUCAAAGCCAUCUUUAACAUCAACAUUGGUCAUAUAUGGGACAUAUUCCCAUUUGUCAGAUCUUAAUCAAAAUGUUUUUCCAGUACACAAGCUUACAUUAUUAUGAGUAACUGUAACAGCUACUGUUUUGUCAAAAUACAACAUAAUGUUUCAUGGUAUAUGGGAAACUAGAUUCUGUGUCAGUGUCUUAGAAAGUGAUGUUUCUCCACUCAAACGUGCAUGAGAUGUGGAGACAUGGUAUGAAGUAGAAGGUUACUAGUUACUGGAGAAAAUCUUUACAAUUCCAUAAUUUUACAGCUAUGGAUAUUUAUCUUGCAUGAAAUUAUCACUUUUGUAAACUGCAAAAUGCAUCAUUAAAUCUUGCUGUACGGCAUGUUCACAGUGCUUCUGCUAUAUUCAUAACAAGAACCGUGUCAUCUGAUUAACAGUUGUGAUUUCCACCACUUAGUGAGGUGAGGUGAAAUUGGGUUUAACAUGCUUGAGAAUAUUUCGCUGAUAUGACGACCCACCACUUAGUGACCAUUUAUAGGUGGGAUUGAAUAUAGGCGAGCUAUUUUAGUGGCCAUGGGUCUGGUUGUUGAACGUGAUACAACUGAAAUACUGUUCCAAACUGCAUCUAACCAAACCCACUACUGUCAGUUUUCGAAAAAUGAUUUCUGGAAUUGGUUUUCCUUUUGAUUGCUAAGAAGCUUAUUGGUUUGUUGAUGUAAAGUGGCUACCUUUCACAGUUCCAUUCUUCAUGUGGUGUGAGGCUGGUAGGCCAGAUAUAAUAUCUUUGUUUGUGUUCCAUUGUGGAAUGUGUCGCUCCCAAGCAAAACAAAAUGAUUUCUGUGUUGUGAUAAAUCUUUUUGUACUCACAAUAAAUUAACAUCCAGCUUUGUAUCAUCAUAAUCAUCUGUUAAUGUUCAUCUUUGAAUGAGUUGAAGCGGCCGUACAACAGAGUCACUGUGUAUUUGACUGAAAAGAAUGUGCUUGUUUUGUGAAGAGACUUUCUUUUGCACAUAUGCUAUGUGAUUACAUACACUAUUAACCCAACCCCUGGUGAAAUUAGGGCUUAAUGUGUUAUGAUAUUGGUAUCAAUAAUCAUUUCACCAAAUCUGCUUGUUACAUUGUUGAGUGACGGUAUUGACAAAGAACAUGGUUAAACUUGCAAAUGAUAUGAAGUGUGAAAAUGAGUCUACGCUUGUAAACAAUAAUGCUUAUGAUAGUGAUUAAAGUUCUUUUGUUAAAAGAUAUAUAAAGGAAAAUGUAUCCUUUGACAUCCAUAAUUUUGAAUGUUGUGGAACCUAUUGAAUACCUAAAUGACUGGAGGCAAAAAUGGAAUGAAAUAUUAAGAUGUGAAAUAAGAAGUGAAGUAAAUAUGUGAGAAAAUUCCCAGUAUUUACUAUGUCUGCUAGUAUUAAUUUGACUCAGCCAUAAACCUUCAAACCAAUACAUAUUAAAUGCAAUUUCAACCAAAACUGAAAGUAGUCAUUAAGUAAGGAUGAUAUUUUGGUGGUAAUAUUGAAACUAUGUUGUGCUGUACUUUCUUUUUACUUCUGAGCCAUUCAGGACAGGUUGUUACUUGCAAUAAGAAAAAUACUUUGCCUAAUGAUUCUUUUAGGGGCUUUUUGUUUAAAUUAGUAUUUAUUGUUUAAUUUACUGCUAGUUUUAUUGACUGCUACUUUGCACAAAUUAAUACCUAAUUAUUUAUGCAGGAAACUGAGGGUAUGAAGCAUUUGAGAUGUUAUUUUCUCAGAUUGAUUGGAAUUUCCGACAUAUCUUGGUUACUAUAGGAUCCGAUACAGGGUCCUGUACUUGUUAAGGAAAGUAGUUAUGUAUUGAGGAACAUACAUGUCCACACAAAAAGCCUCUGUAAUGGAUGUUUGCUUAUGAAUUUAUAUUAAUACUCAGGAAAAUGGAUUUGGCAAAACUGGUAUUGUUUGCAGGUGCUAACAUACUGUAAUGGAACUGAUAUGGUCAGGUGUGAGUUAUACAGAUAUGUUCAUUGUUGGGCAUUAGCAAUAGUGUACUACUCAAGACAAGUUACAGAACACCCUCAAUUUGAAAACUGUGUCGCAGUACCCAUCAGUUGUGACAGGCUAACUAUAGUCAUAUGAAAACACAACAGGUGUUCAGUAGUUUGGUUUGAGUGGUUAAUAUUACUAAUGGUAGUGUUGGAAAGUCACCUUAUACCAGAUUCCCCUUAAGGCCAAAAUCAUAUACAGUGUUAUAGUGGCUUAUGACAUCAAGUUACCUGUCGUGAUGGACGUGUCUUUCUUGGGACUGCUUUUCACUUCUCCAGUGCUUGGUGUGAUGGGGACAAAAACCUGUCCACUUAUGCAUUUUCCAACACAUUUCUCUUCUCCCCUGUGGUAUUACAAAGUAUUACCAUGCAUCAGUGUUCAUAUGGAGCAUCCACAACUAAGCAGAUAGGAGCAUUAUUCUGUCAUGAUCCCCUCAGACAAAUACCGGUAUAUAUGUUGUCAGUCUGUACUGCAGUCGAUUUCAUCAACAGUUUUCUUGCUGUUUUGGAAAUAAAUGGCUUGAAUAAUC